AUGGGUUGGAGGUUUGGUACCUGGAAUGUAGGCACGUUGACAGGAAGAAGUUUGGAAGUGGUGGAGGAGCUGCAGAGGAGAAUGGUUGACGUGGCUGCAUUACAGGAGAUCAGAUGGAAGGGUGAGGGUACAAGGUUUGUGGGGGCUAAAGGUGGAAGAUAUAAGUUGUGGUGGAAGGGGGAUGAUGGUACGGGAGGAGUUGGUGUGAUGGUAAGAGAAGAGUUGGUGGAGAAGGUGUUGGAAGUGAGGCGGAGAAGCAAUGGUGUAAUUGUGGUGGUGAUGGUGUUUGGAAAAGUAAUAGUGAGGGUGAUAUCAGGAUAUGCUCCGCAACAAAGUAGGAAGGAAGAGGAGAACGAUAGGUUUUAUGAUGAUAUUUCUGACGAGAUUGGGCAAACGGGGUUGGAUGAGUUUGUAGUGUUGUUGGGUGAUUUGAAUGGUCAUGUGGGGGCGGAUGCAGACGAAUAUGAAGGUGUACAUGGGGGAUGGGGAUAUGGUAUACGAAAUGAGGAAGGGCUUAGAGUGUUGGAGUUGGCGGAUGCACAUAGCAUGGUGGUGGGGAAUACCUGGUUUACAAGGGAACCAGCGCGAUUGAUUACAUAUAGGUCUGGGAAGCAUAGGUCAAUGGUAGACUAUAUAUUGGUAAAGGACAAACAUAGGAAGUAUGUGAAGAAUGUGAAGGCGAUACCUGACAUAGACAGUUGCGGAGGAGAAAGAGAGUUGCAGAUACAGUUGCAGAGACAGUUGCAGAUACUGUUGCUGUUGCAGAGACAUACAUAG